UCGGGGACAAUCAUCAAAAUCAUAAAUUUACAUAACCCUAGGAAUUCCAUUCGUGCUUCAAAAUCUUUUAUAUUAAUGAUUGAAGCUGUAUAUAUUCUUUGUAUGAUUUAAUUGUUCUUAACUUAAUCAAAAUUCUUUCAUUUUACUUCACUAUUGUUUUUAAAAAAAUUUAGCCUUUGUUUUGAAGUUGGGUUUUUGUGCUUUUGUUUGUAAAUAUUGAGUUAGGUAGAUACGAAGAAAGGAAAUAUUACACACAGCGAAGUUUCCUUUUAUUUAUUUAUUUAUUUUUUUGAGGAAUUUUGUUGUGUUGGUAUUUGCUACUGAGAUUUACGCGAUCAGAAAUAUGCAGUCGUUUUUCGGACUCUUUCUAGAUUUGUAUUUUCCUCGGCUGGUGGUGUGAUUAAUGUGAUGAGACGAGGUAUACGAUGUGGCAAGUGUAGUCGAACCGUUUUUUUUUUGUUCGGAUUUGCAUGAUAUCGGCUGUCUCUGAGUUGUAAGCGUAGGAUGGAGACACUUGUAAGCCCAAGGCUUCUAUCUUAGCUGGGGCAUAAUUACGAUAAUCCAUAAAAGGGGCAAAGCUGUGCAAAGGGGUUAUGUUAAUUAGAGGGCUGAGCAAGUGAAGGUUCUUAGCUUUUGGUGAUGAGGAAUGAUAGCCAAAGAAGUGGAGAUGGUGGAUCACUUGUGCCAAUCCCGGGUAGGGGUAAUAAUGGGAUUAUCCCGAGCUCGUUUAAGGCUCUUUCGAGCUACAUGAAGAUUGUUUCAUCAGGGGCAUCGACUGUGGCCUCUACCGUAAGGUCUGCUGCAUCUGCUGCCUCUGCUGUUGUGGAGAAGGAUGGUGAGACUAACCAUUAUCAGGUCUCCUGGGCUGGCUUUGACGUAUUAGAACUUGAAAGAGGUAUCACAAGGCAGGUUCUCUUGCUGGGAUUCAGCUACGGAUUUCAGGUCUGGGAUGUUGAAGUAGUAGACAAUGUGCAUAACCUUGUCUCCAGGAACGAUGGUCCGGUUUCAUUUCUGCAGAUGUUACCAAAACCCUUGUCCCCGAAUAAAUCUGGGGAUAAGUUUGCAGAAAGUCGUCCGUUACUGAUUGUUUGUGCUGAUGGAUCAUUUUCUGGGGAUAUUAAUCAUCAGGAGGGGUCAGUUAUUCCUAGUAAUGAAUCCACCAAACACUGCAAUGGAUCGCUUAAGGGAAGUUACGUGCCUACUGUAGUUUGGUUUUACUCCUUGAGAUCUCAAUCCUAUGUACAUCUUUUGAGAUUCAGAUCAAUUGUUCACUUAGUGCGAUGCAGUUCCCGCGUUGUUGCUGUCUUGCAAUCGGCUCAGAUACACUGUCUCAACGCGGCUACACUUGAGAAAGAGUACACAAUUCUUAUAAACCCAAUAACGGCAGGAUCUUUUGGAUUUGGGAAUAUAGGUGUUGGUCCCCUUGCUGUGGGCCCACGGUGGAUGGCUUACAGUGGGAGUCCGGUCGCGUUUUCUAAUUCACGCUCCCUGACACCUCAGCAUCUUGCUCCUUCUAGUUUCCCUGGUCAUGCUUCAAAUGGAAGCUUCGUUGCACAUUAUGCAAGAGAGUCGAGCAAGCAUCUUGCUGCUGGUAUUGUGUCUUUAGGGGACAUGGGGUAUAAGAAGCUCUCGAGGUACUAUUCUGAGCUGGUACCUGAAGGCAACAGUUUUCAGCCGGGGACUGUUCGUGUGAAGAUGAAUGGCGUUGCAAAUGGACAUUCUCAAGAAGCCGACAAUGUUGGGAUGGUGAUUGUCAGAGACAUUGUCAGCAAAACUGUGAUUGCGCAAUUUAGGGCACAUAAAAGCUCUAUUCAGUCAUUGCGAUUCGAUCCCAGUGGCACUCUUUUAGUGACAGCUUCUGUACAGGGCCACAACAUAAAUGUCUUCAGGGUAAUGCCUGGUUCAUCUGAGGCUGGAGCAUCUUAUUCCCAUCUGUACAGGCUGCAACGUGGUUUCACCAACGCUAUUAUACAGGACAUAAGUUUUAGCAGUAAUAGCCGCUGGAUAAUAAUCAGCUCCUCUAGGGGGACAAGUCAUCUUUUUGCUAUUUCCCCUUCAGGUGGAUCUGUUAGUUUUCAGGCAGUUGAUGAUCGAGUCAGUUCCAAGAAUACUGCAUCAAGCUUGAGGACAAAAUCUGUAGCACAUGGAUCUCCGAACUCAGGAUUACAAGUUAUCAUCCAGCAGACUAUCUGUUCUUCUGGACCUCCGGUGACCCUUUCUGCCGUUAGCCGGAUUAGGAGUGGAAGUAGCAAUGGUUGGAUAAACACAGUAAGUGAUGCUGCUUCUGCUGCGACUGGGAGGCUGAGUUCUCUCUCUGGGGCUAUUGCUUCAGCUUUUCGUGAGGGUCAAAUUAACGAUACUCAUGGUGACUCGAAGAAGAACUAUUACCUUCUUGUUUUCUCUCAAUCUGGAUGUGUGAUGCAGUAUGCCCUACGUUUUCCGUCUGCUAACAAUGAUGAGGGGGUAAAUCCCAAUCAUGAACCGGAUCUUGAUCAUGAUUCGCGGUUGAUGGUUGAGGCAAUGCAGAAGUGGAAUAUCUGUCAGAAGCAAAAUUGGAAGGAGCAAGGAGAUAGUAUGGAGGCUAAUGGAGCUAAUGUGAAUUUAGAUAUGGGUAAGAUAUAUCCUGAAAAUAUGAAAUCAACAGAUAAUAAUGUGUUCCCUGAUGUUUUUGGGGUGGCUGUGAAAGAAAAGACUAUUACUGAAGAAAAGCACCAUCAUAUGUAUAUCUCUGAGGCAGAGCUUCAGAUGCAUCAAAACCAGAACCUGCUGUGGGCAAGGCCUGAGAUAUAUUUCCAGACAAUGGUGACUGAUGGGUCGGAGAUAAACAACAUAUGUGGUGGAGAGAUUGAGAUUGAAAGAGUCCCCACCCGCACGCUUGAAGCAAGGUCAAAAGACUUGGUUCCCGUUUUUGAUUAUCUUCAAAGCCCCAAGUUUCUACAGGAAAGGUUUUCAAUCAUAAAUGACGACAACAGUGGAAAAUUUCAGCCUCUGGGGUCUGAUGUAUCUGAUGGUGGCUCUCUUGACUCUGUAGCCAAUGGUGGCCUCAUCGGGAAUGAAAUGGACAAUGGUUUAGAUGAAAAUGGGCAGAACGGAUGUUUCUUCGAAAACAGCGCAGGAGUUGUAGAUACUAAUGAUACUCUCCCAAUAGCGAACACUGAGCUUGAGACUGUAAAUACUAACGACAGUUUUAUGGUUGGGGGCCAACUUAGUUUUGUAAAUAAUAGAGAUGGCCUGGGCAUGGAGAAUCAUUUUGGAGAGAGUGACGGAACAACAAAAGAGAAAACCAAGAAAGCCCCAAUAAAGCUUUUCAUAAUAGUACUUUGUUGGAACAAAAAUCAUUUUGGCAGCAGCAUGAGUAAUAAUACCUAUCAACCACCGGAAAAUUGGCAAUCCGGACAGGAUUACUGGAUUUAUCUUCCGACUAAUCUACCGGAUUUCAUCCCAGCCGGAAGACCACGGAAUGAUAGAGCACACACAAGAGAUCCAUGGUGGUUAUUUGAGGAGAGAUCGUCGAGAGGCAAUAAUUAUGGGCUAGCCAGUGUGCCAUCUCGUGCUCCGGUCCCACUACUCCUCAUCGAAGGAGCUCUGAAUCCUGUGGCACGCUCUCCACCGGCUUACUACGUGCCUUCGUACAACCGAGCAUCUACGGACAAUCAAGAAUCGAGGCUGAGCCCUGAGGAACAGAAGCACGCGCUGAACAAGUUGAGAAAACAGCUCUACAGCCCACACAUAAACAGCAUUAUCAAGAGGCUGGGGAACAAGUUCGGGGGCCCACCUCAGGAAGAAGAUGACGGUACGAAAAGGUGCGCGGUUUGUUUGGACGAUUUCGAUAGCAAGCAGUUUGUGACGAUGACGCCUUGCAACCACAUGUUUCACGAGGAUUGUAUUGUGCCGUGGGUCAAGAGUCAGGGGAAAUGCCCUGUUUGCCGAUUUGUUAUAUUUUGAACAAAAAUAAAAAAAUUUGAAUGGAAAAAAAAAAAGAGAAAAAAAAUACAAUGUCAUAGAUGAUGUAGCUAUUAUGUGGUGUAAAUUUUGAAACUUCUCUUGUAAGAUGGAACGAGACAAGUUUAGGCUUGUUACUUAUUUAUUUAUUCCCUUCCUGUCAGUAUUACAUUAUUUCCG